UGGCAGGGUAGCGCUUUAUUCUGGGGGUGUUUGCUUGUUAGACUGCCCCUCCCACAGAAGGAGUCCUGCAUUAUUGUCCCAUUGUCUUGCCUGGGGAGGCCAUGAUGAAAAAAGAUUAGGACAUUUGAUGGUACUUGAAACCUAAACUGUAGGUGUUUCCUAGCAACCGCUAAAUUAACAUCUUACAGCAGUUGUUUUUUUUUUUUUUUUGUGUAAUCCAGAACUAGAAGAAUGCCGAUUCACAAGGGGGAACAGCCCUGAUGUCUCACAUUGAAGACCAAGACUUAAAUAUUCAGAAGGCAGAUUUGUUUUUUAGUUCUUGGUAGCCCCCAGCUCUGAGUGACAGCAGACAACUACAGGGUAAGAACCAUAACUUCCAUAAAUACAUCCAUCCAUCCUCCAGCUGAUUAUCCAAAACUGGGUCAUGAAAAACACCUUAACUUGAUCAUCAUUGUUUUGCAACAAUGUUUUACAGAGAUCAUAAAAUGUGCCUCAUUUCUGUAACUUGUUUUUCAAAAUAUAUAUUUCAGGGUGCUGGUUAAAUUUUAUAACCUUCUUUAGUAGCCUAUAUUGUUACAGCUGAGCACAUAAAUGAGGCAUGCAUUAAACAUACUCAGGCUUCUAACCGAGUAGGUUUAAGUUGGAGUCCCAGAUGUGGAGAAGGACAACAUCUGAACCGAAUGUGGUAUGGUGGUUAUUUAUAACCGAAUACAGGGGCCAAGUGUUGUAUCUUCCAGAUAAACGCGCGGAAAAUUGACUUUCACAUUCUUUGAAGAAUAAAUUAAAAGCGCCGUUUGACAGAUGAAGACGCGCCAAGUCAGGGGUCAAACUGAAAAACUUUUAAUGCAAGCGUGUUUUGGUUACACAUGUCACAAUAUGUCCUAACUUUAUUUUACUGUAGUAUUUUCAAGGACAGCGUUUGUUGGAAGGUUCUUUAUAAAUCAAGGUUACUUCGGGUUUGUUUAAAACUCCGCUUUUUGUUUUGACUUUUGAAUUACCCUGACCCGUCUAUUAACCAAACUUGGCUGGAUAUAAGACUGCGAUGCUAGCGAACCGGACAGGUGACACGGCUAAAUCGGAAGACGCGACAUACACUGUCAGUAUGGUAGCGAAUGUGCCCUCGCCGCAUGUUGGACCUUUGAAUCAGAUACACCUGAGAGAGGCGACGAUGGAGCUUCUGGUCCCGCUUCCACGCAACGCUACUCACGCAACAGCGGAGGUCAUGACCGGAGCCACCGCCACGCUGCUAGUCCUGCUGUGCCUGCUGCUUGCCGCUCGGAAUCGUGCACACAAAUCCUCUGUGCCAGGUCCUUCCUUCUGCAUGGGGAUCGGCCCCCUUCUUACCUAUUGCAGGUUCAUUUGGACUGGAAUAGGCACCGCUUGCAACUACUACAACGAAAAGUAUGGAGAUAUUGUUAGGGUCUGGAUAAACGGCGAAGAGACGCUUAUUAUAAGCAGGUCCUCGGCUGUGUAUCAGGUUUUGAGGAGCGCCCAGUACACCUCCAGAUUCGCCAGUAAACAGGGUCUGCAGUGUAUUGGCAUGGACGAAAGAGGCAUCAUCUUUAACUGCAACGUUACUCACUGGAAAAAAUGUCGUGCAUACUUUGCCAAAGCCUUGACAGGUCCCGGACUGCAGCAAACCACGGACAUCUGUGUCGCGGCUACAAACAGGCAUCUGGACCAGCUGCAGGAGUUCACCGAUGCGCAGGGUCAGGUAGACACUCUGCACCUGCUGCGCUGCAUCGUGGUGGACAUCUCCAACAACCUCUUCCUGAGGGUUCCGCUCGACGGAAAGGAGCUGCUGUUGAAGAUUCAGAAAUACUUUGACACCUGGCAGACUGUGCUGAUUAAGCCUGCCAUUUUCUUCAAGUUUGAGUGGAUCUAUAAAAAAUAUAAGAACUCAGCACAGGAGCUCCAGGAUGCCAUGGAGAUCCUCAUCGAGAAGAAGCGGACGGCUCUCCUCCAGGCAGAGAAACUGGACGAACUGGAUUUCGCGGCUGACUUGAUAUUUGCACAGGGUCACGGCGAGCUGUCGGCGGACGACGUCAGACAGUGUAUCCUGGAGAUGGUCAUUGCAGCCCCUGACACCUUGUCAAUCAGCCUGUUCUUCAUGUUAAUGCUGCUGAAGCAGAACCCUGCCGAGGAGCAGAAGGUGCUGGAGGAGGUAGAUAAAGUCGUGGGAGAAAAGGCCUUGGAGAAUGCGGACCUGCAAAGGCUGACAGUGCUGGAGAGCUGCAUCAACGAAUCGCUGCGCUUCCAUCCCGUCGUGGACUUCACGAUGCGCAGAGCUCUGACAGACGACAUCAUCGAGGGCUACAAGGUGGCCAAGGGAACCAACAUCGUCCUCAACGUCGGCCGCAUGCACAAGACGGAGUUCUUCCCCAAACCAAAUGAAUUCAGCUUGGAAAACUUUGAGAAAACUGUGCCCAAGCGCUUCUUCCAACCCUUCGGCUCAGGGCCGCGCUCCUGUGUGGGGAAGCACAUUGCCAUGGUGAUGAUGAAGGCCAUCCUGGGGACGCUGCUGGCGCGAUACACGGUGUGUCCGCGUACAGGCUGCACGCUCAGCAGCAUCCGGCAGACCAACAACAUCUCCCAGCAGCCCGUGGAGGAGGAGCACGACGACAGCCUCAGCAUGCGCUUCGUACCGCGCACCAAGUAGCGUCCCCGCGUCCCCGCUUUCAGCGUAAGGCUUCCUCUCAGCCCCUGCUUGGACUUUUAUUCACCUUUUAUAUUGUACAGUGAGUUUUUUAAACAUGUUUUGUAAAAAUUAUCAUGUAUUUUUUUCUGUUUUAUUGGACAUAUCUCAGAACGACUUUCAUAGGAGCAGAAUCACGUGUAGAAGCAUAAAUACACAGCCAGCCCUCUGUACAGAUGUUACAAUGCUUCUCAUUUUUACUUUAAAAUCCACUGUUUUAGUACUUUGCCCUCUUUUCUACUUCACUAAAUCAAUGCACAAUAAAGAUAAGAAUCCUGACAUUUUUUUCUUUCAACCUUGUUUCUAACUUCUUUCACUGUAUACGCCAGAUGUAGUAAUGUGUAGUUCAUAGAUUCACCAGCAGGUGGUAGUCUAACAUGAGGCACGUUACGGCAGGAGCCUCAAAUAAAAUGAGACGGCUAAGCUAAAUGCAGCAUUUUUAAAACUGAAUAACUUUUUUUUUUUAAUCAACACAGAUAAUGUGAAUGAGCAUGCCAUGUGGUGAAUACUAGCAAAGUAUGAAAGACUUGUUACCCUGGAAAUUUCAGCAUCAGCAUAGACAUAAGGGGCCAGGAAGUAAUGAUUUUAAUCUAUUUGUGCACUUAAACAGUUCCACUCUCCUGCUAGCUGCUGGUAGGGUGGUCCCAUGACUUCCUUCCAUGCUGUUGGCAUGAGGGAAAAGAUUUGUUUGGAACAGACGAAUCGUGAACUAAAAGGUAACGUGGAAACCUACAUUAACAAAUACUCUGCAUAAUGUUAGCAAAUGGUCCAGACACUGAUUAACAAAUAAACUAUUCUACUUGCAUUGA